CAGAAAUUAAGUUUCGCAAUGAAAUAACGUAUCAUUAUUCGCACAAGUGAGUAAAAAUUAAUAUUCAAACGACCUGUAGUUGUGUUUACGAGUAACUAUGACGACCCGUAAUAAAAGCGAAUCCAAAACAAAGCCCUAACAUUCGGUUUGGCAGUGCAGCGUUUCCUUUUUCACACGUGUGUGCGUUUUUCCACAAUGGCUCAUCAAUUUCCGGGAAAUCGCAACCGCAUGGGAGGCUCUACAAAUGAAUUUGCCACCGACGACUGAUACCAUCAUGAAACCGCCCACCGAGUCAGUUUUCAAACUUUACCAUCAGAGGGCGGCGUGAUUUCCGGCAUGUGCAGCGCCGCCCGCAGUCCCGAACGGCGUCCCCGACGUCGGCGUCUUUCUCACGGCGUCACUUUGCUAAUGUACGCCGCCCAGCAAGGCGAUUUCCAACGUGUACGACAUCUGCUCAAAACUCAGCCUCACACAAUCUCCGAUCAAGAUCGUACCGGUAAAACAGCGUUGCACUAUUGCUGUACCAGCGACAGCAAUUGUGCCGCCCAAGCGGCCGACCUCAUCACUAUGGCUGCACCAGAUUUAGUGGAAACAAGAGACGAAGAUGGAUUCACUCCGCUACAUUUGGCGGUGAUUGCUGGAAAUACUCAAUUGGUUACGUUUCUUUUGGCUAACGGCGCUGACGUUUGUGCGGUGGACAAUGAGAAGCAUACUGUAGUACAUUGGGCAACAGUAUGUGGAGAAACGGCUGCUCUACGCUCCGUCUUAGCUGCAAAUGCCCCAGUAUCCACUCCCGACGUCCACGGUGGAUAUCCGUUGCAUUAUGCUGCUCAAAUGUGCGGAGGAGACAAAGAUUCAAACUUGGGCAUUCAAGUUCUCCACGCCCUUCUAGGACAUAAGGACAUCAAUGUGUCUGUCGAAGACGGAGACAAAAGGCAACCCUUACUGUGGGCAGCUAGUGCUGGAUCUGCUAAAGCGUUGUUAGCUUUGAUAAGAGCUGGAGCUAUUGUGGAAUCAUCUGAUAAGGAUGGGUUAACAGCAUUGCAUUGCGCAGCAUCUAGAGGCCACACCGAUUGCCUCGACACCCUUUUAACAUUAUGCGGAGCUUCCCCUGACGUUAUCGAUAGUAAUGGAUGCACAGCUUUACAUUAUGCAGUCACAUUAGGUCAUGCUGAUGCAACAGCCCUAUUGCUGGCGCACGGCGCAGACCCGAACCGACAAGAUCGUAAAGGACGCAGCCCUGCGCAUUGCGGCUGCGCGAAAGGCCAAUUCGAAACUGUAAAGCUUAUAGGGGCGAGAGGAGCGAAUUUGUGGAUGAGAAAUGCUAGGGGAGAUUUUCCGCUACACGAAGCUGCAGCUUCGGGUCGCAGAGAACUGGUGGCCUGGUUACUGAGCAUGAGACCGAGUCAAGUAAACGCAAGAAAUAAUGAUGGUAGAACGCCUUUACACAUGGCUGCGAUGAAUGAUAAUGUAGAUAUGUGCAAGAUUUUACUAGAUUCAGGAGCUUCCAUCAAUCCCAUUCUAAGAACAUCCAAAAACAUUUUUAUGACCCCACUAGACUGUGCUCUUCAAAGAGGCUACCGUUCCACAGCCAAAUAUCUACAACUCCACGGAGGUGUUCCAGCUAACCGCCUGAGAGGUCAUCAAAAUCCAGACGCUCAAGUCAGCAGUUCGCUGAGCGUUCAAAUAAGAGACGACGUCACUUUUUGGGGCGACAGCAGUUCGGAUAGUGAUGCGGAAAAGGGAAGAAGCGCUAGAAAAGUCCAAAAACGUAAAACCAGUUUCAGGAACCGUAAGAAAAAAAUUGUAUCCGAAAGUGAAAGUGAGGCGGCUAAAGUGCAAACUGAAAAACUUGCUAGUGCUAAAACAACUACAACUGUGAAUACUGCGACAAACACGUCUGCAAGUGCCUUAGAUGAUUCACCUAGGAAAAUUGCAUCAAGCAGAAUAGAUUAUAGCAACGAAAUAAUUAUUAAUGGAAAAACUGAAAUCAACAUACAUCAAACCAAAGAAAUAACUGUCGAUGCAGACAAUAACAGAAAAGUUGAAUUUGAUACUAGCGAAAAAAUCACUGUGCCUGCUAGUGGCAAAUCAACAGCAAGCGACAAAGAAAAACGUCCAAAAAGUGCUAAGUUUGGCAAAUCAAGCAAAGAGAAAUCUACCAGCGAUAAAGAAACCUUUUCUAGGCCAGCAUCUGCAAAAAUCAACGAUACUAUGACAUCCUCAAUAUUAGGUCAAAGUACUGGUACCUCAGAAGACACAAUGGAUACUGUUAUAGACACUUACAAACAACAUGUGAAAAUCCUGGAAUUACCAGAAAUUUCAAAUACUAGUGAAGAAGUUGAAGGUUCUCAUGAAGUUGUUGUUGAAGCUAGCGUACAUCCAGAACCAAAAGGAAUUGCAUCAACUGAAGAUGUACCAGUGAAAGGUAUACUUAAAACUACUGAAAGUGGUUUGGAACAAAAAGAAGCAAUAGAUGGAGACAUAGUUGAGCAAACAAGUGCUACAAUAGCUCAGCAGAUUACAGUUGAAAAAGAUGGCACUACAGUGUUUCAAGAAGAAAAAAAAAUUGAAAUUGAUACUACUGAAAAGCAGCCUGAAGAAGUUAUUAUGGAAGCAGAAGCUACUGUAAAAGAAGUUGAUACUGCAGCUGCUGAAGUCUUUGGAGAAGAAGUUAAAGUAAAGCAAGACGCAGCUGCAAUUGCAAAUGAAAUUAUAGCCUCCAAAGAAACAAUCAAAUCUCUCACUAAAGCUGUUGUUGUUAGAAAGGAUGAUGAGACCAGAGAUGAAACUGACAAAAAAGAUACAAAAAUAGAAAAGAAGUCGAAACCACAAGACGUGGAAGAAGUUUUAGUUGAAGACACCAAAGCUCCAGUAUCCAAAGUUGUAGGAAAACCACGUGAAAAGCAAAAAGCUACAGAAGAUGACAAGGAAGAUUCAACAUACAAAAAGCAAACAAGAAAAAAGCUUAGCGACCAGCCAGCAAUAGUAAAAGUAUUGGGGCCAAACGAAAAAAUUUCUGACGAAGACUAUGGCAGUUCUUCAGAGCCUCAAAGCGACUCUAUGGAGCAGGCCACCAAACAACACAAAAGCUUCAAAGUUUUGAGCGAAAAAGAAGCCAAAGACAUCCAGAAAAGAAGCAAACUCAAACACAGUGAUAAGCAACGCUCAAAGUCGGAAGAAAACCAGCACAAAAAACGAACCAAAGAAGAACACAAAAAGUUUAGAGCUAGCAAAAUACCAACUCCAACUUUUUAUACUCCACUUUCAAAGAGUGAUCGUCAGUUGGAUAGGUUACUGGAACACGAAAGAAAAGUUCAGUCAGUUAUUGACAAUAGGGUGCCUUCUUUGCCAAAUAUUCAUGAGACGAGUCGUGAUAGAUUUUUCAGAGAACAAAAACGUUCUGAGUCUAACCUUUCAGCACCAACGCGCCCUUCAGCCUAUAGCGACAAUGAAAGAGGUAGCGGUUCAGAUUUGGACGAAUCCAGACUAACCCCAACCAAAAAGAAGAAAGUAAAAAAAAGACCAAAAACACGAAGACGAGAAUCCAAAAGCGCAGGUAGUGAUUACGAAAGUAGCAAUUUAAUUGAUUCUGGAUUUGAGCCUAGUCCUAGAAGUAGUCGGAUACCCAAAUGGAAAAAUAUGUCUGACAGAGGAGUUAAUAUGACUUCGGUUACUAGAAGUAUUCAAACUAAUAUUAGAAGGUAUCAUCUAGAAAGAAAAAUCUUCCAACACCUCCUAGAUCUAAAACGUAGCCAAAUCCGGGCUGGUCAGCACAAUGAAGCAGUCCUGGUAAAGCGAGCUAUUGACCAGUACAACCAAUCGUGUGCCUCUACAGUUGGUGCUGGUAGAUAUAUUGCAGAGGAUUUCUCAUUUAAAAAUUUUGAAAAGUUUUUGUAUGAUGCGUUGAGGAAACUACAAAAAAUCGACGUGGCUUACCUAAGAGGUUUACCUGAUCCUUUGGAGCACCUCAAUCCGUUAUUGUGUACCCAGAGUACUCAUAGAUGUAUGCAUGCUACGCAUGCCUAUACGGGAGUACCUUGUGCUGCAUAUUUGCCAAAAAUUGAUCACCAUUCUAUUCCAAAAAUUGGCUUCGCAAACUCUACAGCUUGCAAACCAGGUACUGCCGGUUUUCUACCAAGUAUAAACCCAAAGAAAGCAGUAACUUUAGAGUUGAGUCAUGGUGCUGAUAAGCAAGUCAUUUCACUGCCAACUGAUAAACUGGACCAAAAUAAGCGAUAUUAUGUCACGUUUACUGUGAAAGGUCAAGAAAACGCUUCUAGUGAAGAUACUGCCAAUGGUAAUGGACAUAUACAUGCGAAGAGUGAUUAAACUGUCUAAAGGACACACUGAAAAACUAGAGUCCAGCAAUUUUAUGUAAACAAUUUUCUUACAAACUGACAAUAGGGAUUCAGUUUCUGAAUGUAUGCCUUAUACGAGAGUUUUACAGGGUAAUAUUUUCAAGCACCUGUCUACAAUUUUGUGCUAUUUCGAGAUAAAAACCAUUUUGCAUUUUUAAUUAUAGGAAUCAAAAUAUGUGCAAUAAUAUUAUUACUAAGGUGCCUACAAUUUAAAUUUGUUAUUUUCGUCCGAUAAUAAUAAUAUCUGUUAGAGAAUUUAAAUUUUAAUAAAUGUUUUAG